AUGGCCUCUGCCAGUGUCAAAGCUGCGGCCACCGAUUUCCUUGACUUUGUCAAUGCAUCCCCAACCCCCUUCCAUGCUGUCAAGUCAAUCAAGGAACGACUGAUCUCGGUGGGGUUCAAGCAGAUCAAGGAGAAAGAAUCAUGGUCCUCGACGUGCCGUCCUGGCGGUAAAUAUUUCCUCACUCGCAAUGGAUCGACCAUUGUCGCCUUCGCGAUUGGCAAGAAGUGGAAGCCAGGGAAUCCCAUUUCGAUGGUCGGCGCACAUACCGACUCACCAUGUCUGCGCAUCAAACCCGUGAGCAAAAAGCAAGGCGACGGCUUUCUCCAAGUCGGUGUCGAAACAUAUGGCGGCGGCCUGUGGCAUACUUGGUUCGAUCGUGAUUUAGGCGUUGCGGGAAGAGUGAUGGUCAGGGGGACCGACGGCAACGUCGUGCAAAAGCUGGUUCACAUCAAGAAGCCCAUCCUUCGCAUCCCCACCCUUGCUAUUCAUCUCGAUCGACAAGAGACAUUUUCCUUCAAUAAAGAAACUCAGCUCUUUCCCAUUGCUGGCCUGGUCGCUGCUGAGCUCAAACGCCAGGAUAGCCAAAAGGACAAGACGGAGACGGAGGAAGAGGAGCAGAAUAAACCAUUCACUCCACUGAAAGCCAUGACGACGAGACAUCACUCUCAUAUCGUUGAGCUCAUUGCCGCCGAUGCCGGAGUCUCGGCUGCGGAGGUCGUCGAUUUUGAGCUUCUACUCUAUGACACACAAAAGGCAUGCCUAGGUGGUCUCUCUGACGAGUUCAUCUUUUCCGCCAGGCUAGAUAAUCUAAACCAAAGCUAUUGUGCGACAAUGGGCUUGAUCAACUCUUUGGAGUCUGCAUCGACGCUUGACGGCGAGUCCUCUAUUCGUCUCAUUGCUUGUUUCGAUCAUGAGGAGAUAGGCAGUAUGACGGCCCAGGGAGCGUUUUCCAUGAUGCUGCCAGCCAUCAUCCGUCGACUCUCUGUUCUGCCAUCUUCAUCCUUCGCGGAAGACGACUCAGAAGAGUCUUAUGACCACGCGAGCGAUCCGGAGCUGUCAACUGCUUACGAGCAAACUCUGUCAGCCUCGUUCCUGCUCUCCGCGGACAUGGCUCACUCCGUCAAUCCUAAUUAUGGGGCCAAAUAUGAAACCGAUCACCGACCAGAGAUGAAUCAAGGUCCCGUGAUCAAGAUCAAUGCAAAUGCAAGAUAUGCUACCAAUUCGCCAGGUAUAGUACUACUCCAGGAGGUUGCGCGAAGAGCGGCCAAAGUCAUCGAUAGUGAUUCAGAGGGUGUGCCGCUGCAGCUAUUUGUCGUUCGAAACGAUUCCAGCUGUGGAAGCACCAUUGGCCCGAUGUUGUCUGCUCAUCUUGGUGCUCGCACUCUUGAUAUCGGCAAUCCACAGCUUUCGAUGCACAGCUGUCGCGAAACUGGAGGUGCGGAUGAUGUCCAUCAUGCUAUCAGACUAUUCAGCAGCUUUUUCCAACAUUAUUCUGCUUUGGAGAAGACGAUCCUGGUCGACUGA